AUGGCUGCUUUGAACUCGCACGAGAUCGCGUUGGCACUGACAUGCGUCUGCGUCACGGUCUGGCUGCGGUGGAGACAUUGGCGGAGCCAGCAUCCUCGUCUCAAGGUCGAAAAGCUCUUCCUGUACCCGAUCAAGGGUCUCCGACCGCUCACCCCCGAUACGCUCGAACUGGGGCGACAUGGCUUCCGCUUUGACCGUCGAUUCGUCCUCGUCUCGCCAGAGAAGGACGGCUCGCACGAGUGCCACCUUGCUGCGAAGUACCCCUCGCACGCCGUCCUCCGCCAGAGUAUAGACUUCGACAGCCAGACCUUGACCAUCACCCCUCCCUCCGGCCCAGCAUUCUCUAUCGCUCUCGAACCAUCGACAGCAGGUCGCACGAAACGGGUCGUCGAUCUCCACCGCUCGCCCGUCGAAGCUUUCGACAUGGGCGACGAGGCGGCCGAAUUCUUCACGAGGCAUUCGGACGGGAAGGAGACGCGGUUGAUGUACCUUGACGAGAAGGAGAGCGGGGCGAGGAAGGUGCUUGGGAGGAUCAGCGAUGGGAAGGACAGCGGCAUCGCCUUCCAGGACUGCGCCAGUUACAUGAUUGCCUCAUCCGCCUCGCUCGGCGCCUUCUCCCAAGCUCUCGGUCGCGAGAUGCCCAUCCUCCCGCUGCGGCCAAACAUUCUCGUCGGACGUGCAAGCAAGGGAGGCUUGAAGCCUUGGGUCGAGGAUUUCUGGGCGGAACUGCGGGUGGGAGGGUCGACCACCUUCCGCCUCACCGCCAACUGCGUCCGCUGUAUCUCGCUCAACAUCGACUACGACACGGGCAAGAGACUGGAGGGCAAAGGUCUUCCGCUGCAGACGCUCGCUAAGGACCGCCGAGUGGACAGCGGGACAUACUCGCCCGUCUUCGGUCGCUACGCUUUCUCUCACGACGUCGGUCACGCCGUCUCCGUUGGCGACAAGGUUGAGGUGACGAAGCUGAAUAAGGAGCGCACCGUUUUCGGCUGGCCGGGGAUGGCCUGA